GAAGUGUUGAAAGAUUGAAAACUGCUGCCUGCCCGUAGAAAGUGCAUUUAAUUUAACAUUAACCCCAAAAAAACAGAAGUUAUCAUACACUACGAUGGUCAACAUUAGAGAGCUGGUGCCAGAGCUAGCAGAAGUGGCGCGCACGGAGCUGCACGAGAAUGCGGCGAACCGGGAUGAGCUGAUUGCCGCUCUGCGCGCAUGGAUCGAUGAUCAGAACUAUCUGGUGGCACGUACCGAUGAUCAGUUCUUGGUUGCAUUUCUGCGCUUCAGUCUGUGGGAUCUGGAAGAGGCCAAGAAACGCGUGCUCUUCUUCUACAACUACAAAUCCAAGGAGCGCGGACUGCUAAAGAGCCGAUUUGUUGAUGACAAGCUCCUGGAACUGGCUAGAUCUGGUAUAUUCGCAACGCUACCUAAUCCCAUUGGUCCGGGAGGUCCACGUAUACACUUCACACGCAUGGGACACAUAGAGACUUCCAAGCAUAGUGUAUCCGACAUCUUUCGCUUCCAUGCCUUCCGAUCUGAAAUUGAGAUCAACACCGAUGACAACUGGAACAUAGCUGGUGUUGUGGAGGUGAUUGAUUUCACCAAAAUCCCCUAUUCGCUGUUGCUGCAGUUCGAUCCAAGCUUGUUCCGACGCAUGAAUUCCUUCCUCGAGCAUGGCAUCCCCACGAAUUUGGUGGCCACGCACAUUGUGAAUGCAUCGCGAGAAACACAAUUUGUCCUCACCAUAAUCCGCAAUGUGAUGAAACAGAAGGAACUAUUGCACAUACAUCCGAAUCUGGAGUCGCUCUACAAGGCCAUUGGCAAGGAGUAUCUGCCGGUAGAGCUGGGCGGCAACAAUGGAUCAUUAAAUGAUGCUACGACAUACUAUGAGUCACAACUGACCAAUUUUACGGCAUAUUUUAAGGAUGAUGAACGUUAUGGUGUUGAUGAGAAGCUGCGCUUAGCCAGCGAGAAGGAACAGCGACCCACGCUGGUCACCGGAACCGCCAACGAGGAUGGCAUAUUUCGCAAGCUGAACUUUGAUUGAGGUUGAGGUUGAGGUUGAGGCUGGGGCGAUGAUAGUGGCUAGUGGCUGUGCCUGUGGCAAUGGCCUUGGGCAUAGCGGUUAGUUGUAUAUUCAAAUGCACAUACUAUACACACCUCACUCUGUCUAUAUAUGAGUCCCUAUAUAUAUAUACAUCUAUAUAUAUAUAUAUAUUUAUAUACUGCAGCGCUAAAGCGAACAUUGAUCAUAGCCGGAACCUGAUAUUUUAUAACAAUUCAUAGAAAGCAACAUCGAAACUAAAAGCAAAUUGAACAAUGUUACAACAAAAACAAAGUGCACACUAAAAAAAAAAAA